AUGGAACGGGUUCGCACAAUUACUGCCUGGGCAGUCUUCAACAUGAGCACACAGAUGUCGAUUGAGCUGCAAAAGAUUGCUCCCUUGGCAUAUCCCACGUCUGAUGUCAAGCUGUGUGGAAACGAAGACUUUGACUGGACCCCAUACCCUCGCUCAAACAGCAUUACAUAUGACAAAAAGCCAGCCCUUCUCCCUGAAGUCAGGGAGGGACUGGCUGAGGUCGCCAGAAUCUUAGUCGACAUCCAGAAGCUUGUUUCUGAAAAAACCAAGGGCGCCACUUUUGAGGACUUGUGGAGUAAAGCUCACGGCCCAUUCAAUCGUUUGAAGGAUUGGCUACAACGCUGGCCAGGCGUGCCCGAGAUACAAAGAAAUUCAGUCCCACAAGUUCUCCUCUUGCGAAUUAAAUGUCUCCAGGCCAUCAUAUAUCUGUUUGAGAUGUUGAAAGACCCUCAUGAGCCACGACUUGUCCGACAAGCCCGGUUAUACCAGGUCAAGUUCGUUGAGGAAAUGGCGCAUUGCCUUUGCAUCCAUCGCCAGUCGUAUGGCCUCAAGCAUAUACCCAGCCAGAUAGUCGAUGCCAUACAGACAGGUCUUCGGAUCUUGGCUUACCAGUUGGAAGAGAGUGACCAAUCAAGACAGGCAUUUGCUGAACUCUGUCGGUUUGGAAUAGCUCUUAGUCGCCGGUUUAAGCAAACCGCCGAUGCAGUUCACGAGGUCGGAAAGAACGCGCUGCAUCUAGGUCCCGAGGUUGUUGCAGUCUUCGAUGACCCGGAGCAGUGGAGGGGUCUUGAGCCCUGA